AUGAAUACCCUCGACGACGACCGCCUGUCGGCGAGCUCGGCCGAGUCGGACCACGACAAUGACCGCCCCGACCAGGACAACGAUGCCGACGAGGCCAUGGAGGAUGUCGACGAUAAUGGCGACCAGGAUGCCGACGCCGGCGACGACGAUGACAACGGAGACGAUGAUAACAACGACGAUGAGGAAGAUGAUGAUAAUGGCGAAGAUGCCGAGGGCGAUGCCGAGGGAGAUGCGCAGGAUAGUCAGGCUCCCGCUACAGACUCCAACGACCAGCCUGACGACAAAGUCAAGACCGAGACGGCAGUAGAGUCGAGGCAAAAGUCGGCCACGCCAGCUCCGAAGAUGUACACGAAAUGGCCCGUCCCGAGCCCCGAGGUCAUCAACGCGAAGCUAUAUGACAUCGUACCUACCAUGGCAGCGCCUCAGUCCACCAGCGUCAACGCCAUGGCCAUCACCCCGGACCUGAGGUACUGGAUCACCGGAGGGUCUGAUGGGUACAUUCGCAAGUACGACGGGCCUAAUACGAUCAACGGCAAGCUGCCCUUGACGGUUGCCCAGAGGCAUCCCUUUGUUGAUAGCGUUACAAAGGCUGGUAUACUCAUGUCGUACUGGGAGAACGAGGAGCCUUCACCUCCCGGGAGGGGCGACCAAGAGCAUGUUCUAUCUCCUGUAUACUCUCUCGCCGUGCACUCCGAGGCUCUCUGGUUACUCUCGGGUCUCGAGUCGGGGGGUAUAAACCUGCAGAGCGUGCGUCAUGACGAGGGCAAGCGCAUCCACUGUCUGCAGCAGCACAAAAACGCCGUGAGCGUUUUGACGCUGGCCCAGGAUGAGAAGAGCGUGCUCAGCGGCGGCUGGGACAAGAACAUCUUUGACUGGGAUCUCAACACGGGUCAGACGACGCGGAGCUUUGAUGGUAACUCCGGUCAGAUCUCCGCCAUCGAGCUGCGUCCUGCGAGCGGCGCUCCCAUACCUGAAGAGGCUGACGAACCUAUCCCGUCAACCACCAUGUCGACGAACAACGGUGCCGCGCCCGCCAGCGGAAACUUUACAAACGGACUCACAAACGAUGGUAUCGACGAACCUACUGCGGAGAACGGCGCCGACGAGGGCCAGGCGUCUCCAGCUCACGAUAGUCUUUUUGGUGGCAGCGACGCGGGAAGUCUCUUUGGCGAGACAAAGGGGGACCAGCCGUUUGGUAAUGAUGAUGACGAGUUUGGCGCUGCUUCUAUGGAUAUGAUGCCUGGACAUGGGCAUGAUGGCGGUAUGGAUCAUUCAGCGGAUAUGGCGAGUCUUGAGGCGGCAAAGGAACCUGAGACGCAGCCGCCACCAACGCAACAAACGGGAGACGCCAUGGACGUGGACCCUGCUCCAACACAGACGACAGAACCAGCAGCUCCGAGUCAAGAAGAUCAGCAGCAAGCCAGUGCUGAAGUAACUGCUCUUAAGCGCUCGCAGUCACCAAUGCUCUACACAUCCAACCACGCCCCGACACAGCACGAUCCCACACAAACCUCUUCAACUACUUUCCUCUCGGCCGCCAUCGACGGCCCCCUUCGCAUUUGGGACAAGCGACAACCAGACCCCGUGGCACGUAUUGGCGUUCGACCUGGUGUUCCCCCCUGGUGUAUGGGUACUUGCUGGAGCCCCAACGGCAACAUCAUCUACGCUGGUCGGAGAAACGGUACUGUCGAGGAGUAUGAUAUCCACAAGGCCAGGAGAGGUUGGGAACCUGAGCGUUCUCUCAAGUUUCCUGCGGGCAGUGGUGCCGUGAGUGCCGUAAGACCCAUGUUGAACGGCAGACAUCUCGUGUGCGCCUCUCACGACAUUCUCCGUCUCUACGAUCUCCGAGAAUCCCGCGCCUUUAAGCACUCCACCGUGCCCUUCCUGAUUAUCCCCGGCCCCCCUCGCGCAGGCGUCAUCUCUAGUCUCUACAUCGAUCCCACGAGCCGCUUCAUGCUUAGUGCUGCCGGCACAAGGGGCUGGGAGGGCACCAGCACAGAGGUCUUGAUUGGAUACGAGAUCAACGUCACGAAGGGGUGA